AUGAGUAACUCCGUAUAUACACACCCUUUUCAUCGACCUCUCCUCUCCUCCGAUGUGUGCCCACGCAGUUGAGCGAAACCGUCUUCUCCCAUGCUGCCGGACCUACGUUGAACGUCGCACGGAAAACACGGUUUUGACUGAAAGAUAAGAAAAACGACACAACUGCGCCGUAAGUAUGCAACAUUUACACAUGAGGCCUAUGUUUUGCUGCAGCGCCUUGCUGCUCUUCAUUUUGCUUCCUCGAGCCUGUCAGGGUGGCAACAUCCUGGUCUUUCCAAUUGAGGGCAGCCACUGGGUGAACAUGGACAUCCUUAUUCGAGAGCUGCACUCACGCGGGCACAACCUGACCAUCGUACGGCCCAGCAAGACGUGGUACAUCAAGGACGCCGCUGCCUACUACAACACAAUCAGCGUUCCCGUGGAAAGGUCCCUGGACCAAAACUUCAUCACCGGCUUGAUUUAUGAAAUCAUCGAGUAUGAAAGGGGCUCCCUGCCUCUCGUGACAUUUCUCCAUAUGAGUGUGGGCAUGUUUGGGGCUUUUCUGGAAUCUCACAAGACGGUGAGUGAGUUUGCGACGGCAGUUCUCGAGGACCAAGACCUGAUGAGGAAACUGAAUGAUAGCAAUUUUGACCUGUUGCUCACUGACCCCUGCUGGGGUGGGGGCGCCAUUGUGGCCAAAUAUUUGAACCUCCCUCUGGUAUACAACGUCCGCUGGAUCAUCGCUUCCGAAGGCCACCUCGCAUUCGCGCCGUCGCCGCUAUCAUACAUUCCCAUCACGGGAACUGGUAAUACCAACAAGAUGACCUUUUUUCAAAGAGUCAAAAACGUGAUUGUAUUUCUCGUCAGCUAUACGCAACAUCACCUGGUCCUCAAGAACACAUACCAGAAAAUAUGUGACAAAUAUCUGGGACCCGAUACAGACAUGCAGCAUUUGCUUCUUUCCGCUGAUCUGUGGCUCAUGAGAGUGGACUUUGUCUUUGAGUUUCCACGCCCCACCAUGCCCAACUUCAUCUACAUGGGGGGUUUCCAGUGUAAACCUGCUAAGCCUUUACCAGACCACCUGGAAGAGUUUGUCCAGAGUUCUGGAGAGCACGGAGUCAUCCUCAUGUCCCUGGGGACGUUUGUGAAUGAACUCGUUGCAGACUUGGCCGACGAAAUCGCUGCGACUUUCGCCAAGCUCCCCCAGAAGGUGAUCUGGAGGUACAAAGGCACUCCACCUUCCACUCUGGGCAACAACACUAUCCUGGUGGACUGGAUGCCGCAGAACGAUCUGCUCGGACAUCCCAAGAUGAAACUCUUUGUGGCUCAUGGCGGGACAAACGGCCUCCAGGAAGCAAUUUACCACGGAAUUCCCGUGGUGGGAAUACCCUUGUUUUUUGACCAGCAUGACAACCUGCUGCGUCUCACAGAGAGAGGGUCGGCCGUGGUGGUCACGUUAGCCUCAGUGGACAAAGAUGACAACUUCCUGAAGGCCAUACAGGAAGUUCUUGCUAAUCCAUCCUACAGGGACAACAUGCAGAGGCUCUCGAGGCUGCACAGAGAUCAGCCCAUCACGCCGCUCGAGAACGCCCUCUUCUGGAUUGAAUUUGUCAUACGGCACAAAGGCGUGGCCCACCUCAGGACCGAGUCCUACAAGAUGCCCUGGUACACUUACUACAAUGUGGACGUCUAUCUGUUCCUGUCUGGGGCUGCACUGACUCUGCUUUUAGCUUUUAUGAUCACCAUCAAAUGUUUGUGCUCUGCUUUAUGUAAGAGGAAAAUGAAACGCGAGUAAAUAAAUCACACAGUUUUGUCAUAUAUGUCCGGUGAAUCACCUAUUCACCAUUCACAAAGUGACUUCCUUGCGAUUUUUCACUUCCUCGUCCUUCCUUUAACAUCACAAGAUGCUAAUCUCCUUCCUCGAAGGCACCGGGGUAGCUUGCAUUUGCCACCAGCUGAUGCUUGGCCACCUUAGUAGCAGAUAGCAACACGAUGGAAGAUUCCAUUAGUGGGUCAACAAGCUGGUGAGGCACUUCGUGGGGUUAACGGUGGAAAAAACAGGGAGGUAAACAAAAAGAUGAUACAGAGAAAGGUCCGGAUCACUUUUAACGGUGACGGAAGUUUGUAAUUUUAAAGUGUUUUGUAUUUGUUUGUGUGUUGCAAACCCCCUGUGCAAUAUUGAUUAAGAUGAUUUUACCUGAUGUGGAGAUCUUGUCUUUGACGACAAGUAGCAUUUCCCUUGAUGCCGACAUGAUCACUCCACAACUUAUAUGCGUCAUCACUUCCUGCAUGUUCCCUCAUAAAAGUCAUUUUUUACUUGGUGUCAAACACCACUUCCACUUGACAUGAAGUGGGUACCAUGAAUGUUGUUUCAUAUUUUUCCCCAAAUUUUCUUGAGAACCUCUCCCCCUAAAGAAAAAGCCUUAAACUCUAGUCUGUACUUAAGAAAUGAUUUCUGCUGGUCGCCAUGGGGUAUUUGAUUUCCACAUUAUAAUCGUUGUGACCACUAAUCUGCUUGUAGCACAACUCAAAAACUCUAAAUGGACGUAAGGCGACUUACAAUUCAUCGCACUUUACUCUUGUCGACAUGGUUUUAAAAUGUGGCUCAUUAAUUGAUGAGCUAAAUGGGCAACCUCUGAUUUCUUCACGGUCAUGUUCUCAGACACAUUUUAACAUGGGCAGUUAUCAUACAAAGUAUAAAAAGUUCAUUGUUAAUAAAACGAAAUGGACAAGUGAA